CAUGACCUCAAUCUCGCGAUUUAUGAAGAUGUGAGGAGUCAGAAGCUGAAAACAUGGCAAAUGAAUACGGACAGAAGUGGGACCGAUGCUUAGCUGAUAGCGCUGUGAAGAUAGCGACCGGCCUUGGCAUGGGGAUUGUGUUCUCAGUCCUCUUCUUCAAACGGCGCACUUGGCCGGUGGCAUUUGGUUCAGGUGUGGGGCUGGGCAUGGGCUACUCCAACUGUCAGCAGGACUUCAGGUCACCUUACCAGCUCCAUGGUCACAGGGUAGAGGAACCGUAGAAGACUGGGGAGAGUUGGCUGAUGUAGAAGUUGUCUCGUCCUCAUUAUUUUUCUGCUUGUUUUUAUUUUAUUUUGCUGCUUGUCUCUCUGCCACCCAAUGUAAUUACUGUGUGAGUCUCACAGGGCAGUCGUGUAUUUGUGUGUGUAUAUAAGUAAUGAAUCAUUUGACAGAAUAUUAUUCCUGAUCUACGUCUGUCUUGUAUCUGUGUGAAUAAAGUUUGAAUGCUAACAAAGAA